AGCGGUUGUAGCAAACAAAGAACCUCAUUUGGAAGCGUGUUGUAUUGUUGGGCUAUUUGAAGACUUCUGGACUACAAAGUCGACAAUCAUCAUCUUCAUUUGAGAUUAUUUGUUUCGAUUUAUUUAUCUGGACGUGUACGAUUUUACUUUUAGUUUUACCCUAGUUUUACCUUCUCCAAGCUCUGUCGUGCUUUAUUGUACCAGCACUACUUUUUAAAGGGUGCGCGUUCGAACACGAACUCGAAAAAAAAAAAUUAAGUCUUGGACAAUAACUAAGAAACCAAUUGCAAGUUUUGAAAGACAGCAGUGGUGCGACGAGGACAACUACACAACGCCAAGAAGAACUUUCGCAGCUCCUGUCUGAAGAAGAGAACGACCAGCCUCUAUAUCAUCACCAAAAUGACACCAGCACAACUUCAUUCCUCUUCCGGCUCUUCAGUAUCGCCCUGCUCCACCAGUGCAAGAGGAUCAUCUUGUUCGAGAAGUACUACGAGACUGAUUCGCUCUAUGGAAGCGUCAGGAUUGAAAUCGUCAAAGUUGAAAAAGUUUGUGAUGCAUAAAAUGCAACCCACAAAGUGCCUGUCUUGCAGAGUAGGCAACGGAGGCAGAUUGUAAGCCUGGUGAGGAGUAGAAAUAGAACUGCUAAAGCAGCAUGACAAAAGGCGUCCUGCUUACCCAAACAGCAUUACAAACUGGAUUUAGGCACCACCAAAAUUUGUCAUGCGCCGCUUGGCAACUGGGUUCCAACUGGCAUCCAUUUUAUGCAUGGCAAAUCAUUUCCCGAGGAUGAUGGUGAUGGCUUCGGUCCGCCUGACUCCACGACCUGGUGGCCGAACCAUCUGCGGUGAGGUGCCCUUACAGGUUGUGUAGUGGUUUCGGUCGGUUUAGCAUGGCAAAUCAUUUCAACUUUGUCGAUUUCAACUCUGACACAUCCAUACGCUCCACCACCCCCUCGUCCCUCGCCAUGCGCGGCCUGAGCGUCCUUUUGUUCUCCUUCUCGCCGGUUCUCCUCGCCGUGCCCGGUUCCGCCGCGGCUCGACCGACGUCCUCGAUCGACGCGAAGCUGCAGGUGUUGGACGACAAACUGAACGAUUUGCAGCUGGAACUGUCCGCCGGCUUUGAAAGCAUCGAGAAGGGGUUGCAGAAACUGGAGACGAAGAUUUCGGAAUCGAGUGACAAAUCCACGGCACAAAUCGAGAAGAAGCUGGCAGAAGUCUUAGACGACAAAAUUUCGGACAUCGAGGUAUGACAGCGCACAACAACUCCCCCUCCCCUCAUUUGUCAUGCAAAUAAAUCCCAAAUCCAGUCGCUGCCUUGUGGCACUGCUUGCAUGACAAAUUCGGGAAGGAGCCCAAAUAGCACUACACUCGUCCAGUGUAGUACAUUUGUCAUGCGAAACCGGCAUUCUUGCUGAUGCUUGUAUUGCCGUUCAUGCUAUACAAAUGAGGCGGAGGGGGAGUUGCGCACUGUCAUAGGAGGUGACCAUUUCGGAUAAACUCACGUCCAACAUCGAUUCCCUGAUCCCCUCGGACUUGUCGGAAUUCCUAGGCGCGGGUAACUGGGAACCCCUCAUCGAGCGGUACGUCGGGAACUACAAGGACGUGCUGGACCGCGUAACGUUGAUCGGAAUCUGGGUGGUGGUCUUCCUCGUGCUCUGGUUCACCAUGAUGCUGGCCACCUUUUGCGCGGUGCUCUGCAUGUGCUGCUGCGGGGGGUACUGCUGCCGCUGCAACGUAGCAAAUGUACAAAUGUCUGGGUCUGGAAGAUUGCCAGGUUUGUCAUGCACAUUUUGCAUGACUCCUGAUGUCUGUGAUGCAUGCCCUAGCGUCACAGAUUUUGUGAGGGCUUCCUGAUGCCGAUACCGCAUGACAGAUGCUCUUUCCGUGUAGCAAAACUUGGAAUCUCUUUGCUGCUCAUGCAAUACAGAUUUUUUUAGAAUCCAAAAUCAGCAUGACAAGUUGGAUUCUUCCAGACCCAGACAUUUUUACAGUUGAUACAACGGGCCGGUGGACGACGUUUUUGCGAACGGCGGGAAAGUGUUCACGCAUCGACGCGAAAACAACAAGGGCCCGCGGGGAACGGAACUGCUCUCGUUGCCGUCCGGAAUGGGGGGUUUUUACACGUACAAACCACUGCCGCAGUCGGGGGAAGAGGAGGACGAGGAGGAGACUAGAGAGAUCAACGAGCAGAGAAACAGCAUGUUGACCUCCACUUCCCAAAGAGGUUCGGAAACGGUCGCGCCCAUGAACGGAGACGGUGGCGCAGAUCAUGCAGCAGGUGGAGCAGCGAUUAUGUUGCCGGCGCCCGGAUCCUCUUCUCGUACCGUCGCUGGCUCCGCGCCGCGAAAGCGGCGAUCUUUGUCCGAGCAUUCUGGCAGGUCCGUCGUGUUGGGGCAACCCGUAUCAAAUGCAAAAAUGUCUGGGUCUGGAAACUUGUAAUGCUCAAAGUGAAUGAAAGACGCACUGCAAUACGCAACUACGCAUGACAAAUUUUUUGGCUGCCAUGUCUUACGUAUUCCGCAUGGCAAACUGCGUUUCUGAAUGACAGGGAAGAAGGCUUUUUCCUGCCUACGCAACACAGAUUCUCGAGUCAUGCCAGACAAGCAUGACAAACCUGCAUUCUUCCAGACCCAGACAUUUUUGUAGUUGAUAACCCGUGCGGGCGAUGUCGCCGAUUUCGAGUGGAAUGAUCCCAGGAGGAGUAUCAAAGUGAAAAAAGCCCCCACCCCAUAUCGGACACGAAAUUUGUGAUGCUGUAUUUGAGUACACAAAUCGACUUGUAUUGCUAGAAGGCCAAGAGACGCAGCUGCGGCCUGAAUUGCAGGCAAUCUGUCAUGCUGUUUCCCACUUCCAGUUGCCUCCUGUCAUGUUGGAGCUGCAAGCCUUUCCCACGCUAGGCAGCACUACAGUCCGCAUCUUUUGCCUUCUAGCAUCACAAAGCUGAUUUGUGACCACAAAUCUGCAUCACAGAUUUCCGUUUUGAUAUGGGGAGGGGGGAUUUUUCCUUUCGAUAAGGAGCGUGA